UGCAGGAACACUAACAAUGUAAUAACCGUAAUUUAUUGGAAGCAGGCCUACAUUUUAUCCUCAGUCUAUUUGUUGCUGAGGCUGGUUUGUAAGGAUGUGAGCAUUUUGUGUACUCUUAGUGGUUCGCCUGGGCAAGGUGUGUGCUGUCCUACUCAGGGUUGAGCUCACUGACUGCUUCCUCAAGUCUGUUAAAUAAACACACAGGCGCUCUUUCAGUUACAGAAUGAGACUCGGAAGCUAGCGAACAUCCGUAUUGUCUCUCGUGCUGUGAGCUAGCGAGCGGAAGAGUCCGUCUCUUAUCGGUAUAAAAACAUCGUCGAUUCUUAAACACGUUGCGGCGACACAGAUCUGUCGACAUUCAGAAACGACGCAUAUUUGAUUCAUCAUCUAACGGGAAGGAAACGGGGUUGAGUGGAGACUAAAAUGGAAAAGCAGUCUGUUGGCGGUGGAGAUAGCCCUGUGCAGCCGGGAGUACCGAAUCGAAACAACAAGCCUCGAACGCUGGCCAACUCUGGAUCGAGACAGACUAGCGUGGAGACAUUGGACAGUCCUACAGGUUCUCAUGUAGAGUGGUGUAAGCAGCUGAUAGCAGCCACCAUCUCCAGCCAGAUAUCAUCCAUAACCCCAGACACUGCAUCCAGAGACUGCAAGGACUUUAUGGAAAGGGAACAUUGUUACCAAGACGAUAGUGACUCUGAGCUUCCCCCCCACGCUUUGGCUCUCAGAAACGGAACCAAGCAGGUCCAGAUGGAUGAGGUUCCACUGGUUCCGGGAGAGACCAUCAAGGCUGUGGCCAAGGAUGUGAUGUACAUAUGUCCCUUCACUGGCUUAGUGACAGGAACCCUCACCAGCACCGACUAUAAACUAUACUUUAUCAGCCUAGAGAGGGAUACUCCGUUCAUCCUGGAUGUGAACCUGGGCGCGAUCAGUCGCCUAGAGACCAUCAGUGUCCAGAGUCAUGAAGAUAACACACAGGGCAUGGAGAUAGUCUGUAAGGACAUGCGUAGUCCAAGGUUUGCCUAUAAGAAGGACGCCAGCCAACCAGAAAUAGUGGAGGUUCUAACCAAACACACCUUCCCCCUAUCAAAUGACCUGCCCCUGUUUGCCUUCCUGUAUAAGGAGGAGUUUCCUGUGGAUGGAUGGAAGGUGUAUGAUCCUAUAUCUGAGUACAAGAGACAGCGUCUUCCCAACGAGAGUUGGACCAUCAGUAAGAUUAACAGUAGUUAUGAGGUGUGUGACACCUACCCUGCCCUGCUGGUCAUCCCCACUAGCAUCAAGGACGACGACCUCAAACGAGUUGUGGCCUUCAGGGCCAGGCACCGCAUACCGGUAUUGUCAUGGAUCCACCCGGAGAGCCAGGCCACUAUAGUCCGUAGCAGUCAGCCUUUAGUGGGCCCGUCUGACCGGCGCUGUAAGGAGGACGAGCGGUACCUCCAGACCAUCAUGGAUGCCAACGCUCAGUCUCACAAACUCACCAUCUUCGACGCCCGACAGAGCAGCGUGGCAGACAACAACAAGGCUAAGGAUGGUGGUUAUGAGAGUGAGAGUUUCUAUCCCAACGUAGAACUCAACUUCCUGGAGAUCCCCAACAUCCACGUGAUGAGAGAGUCACUGAGGAAACUAAAAGAAGUGGUCUACCCUACUAUAGAUGAGGCUCACUGGCACUCUGCAGUUGACCAGACACACUGGCUAGAGUACAUACGGGUCCUCCUAGCGGGUGCGGUGCGUAUAGCUGACAAGCUGGAGUCUGGUAAAACCUCUGUGGUGGUCCAUUGUAGUGAUGGGUGGGACCGGACGGCCCAGCUCACCUCUCUGGCCAUGCUGAUGCUGGACAGCCACUACCGCACCCUCAGGGGCUUCCAGGUACUGCUGGAGAAGGAGUGGAUCAGCUUCGGACACAAGUUCGCCGCGCGUGUGGGUCAUGGGGAUGAGAACCAUGCCAACUCGGAGAGAUCACCUCUCUUCAUCCAAUUUAUAGACUGUGUCUGGCAGAUGACCCGACAGUUCCCUGCAGCGUUUGAGUUCAAUGAGUUGUUCCUAAUCACCAUUCUGGACCACCUCUACAGCUGUCUCUUUGGUACGUUCCUCUACGACAGCGAACAGGAGAGAGUCGCCAAUGAAGUCCAGACUAAGACAGUCUCUUUAUGGUCCUAUAUCAACAGUCAGCCAGAGGACUUCACCAACCCAUUCUAUGUGGACUAUAAGCACCACGUCCUGUAUCCUCUGGCUAGUGUUAGACACCUGGAGCUGUGGACCGGGUAUUACGUACGAUGGAACCCCCGUAUGAGGCCACAGAUGCCAGUGCACCAGAACCUGAAGGAGUUAUUGUUCCUGAAAGCUGAGUUACAGAGGAAGGUUGAGGAGCUACAGAGAGAAGCAUCUUCAUCACACGGCUCUCUUUCCUCUUCAUCAGAACACACAUCAUCACCCUCACACAGCGGGGGCACGCCCCUACACACCACCGUCUGAAUACACACACACCACCGUCUGAUACACGUUUGUCUUUGUAUUCCCUACUCUGAAUCAGUUUUUCACAUCAAGUGUUUUUAUCAUAGAGAAGUAGUUAGUUUUAAUAGAGAAAAUAAGUACACAUUUGUAACAAAGUUUCAUUCUUUGUUGUAUUCAAAUAAGAGAAAAGAUAUGGGGUAAUGAAAUUGUUGAAAGAAAUAUUACAGGAUUGUGAAAAAUGCACCAUAGUAUUUUGUUAAACAAAGUGUAAAUAUAAAUAGAUGUAACUAAUAUAUUUCUACCUACCAAAAGUAGUAUACUCUUUAUGAUUGACAACAGUUUCCAAUGAAUUGAAUUCAUAGUGUAGAAAUAUGAAAUAUCAACAGCACUUUUGAACUACCACAUUCCAGUAAGCAUGUAUUAGUAAGCAUGUUAUAUCAACUCAAUGGCAACCUGUUCCCUAUAGGCCCUGGUCAAAGGUAGUGCACUAUGUAGGGAUUAGGGUGCCAUUUGGAGUGCUGUCUAAAUAAGAUCUCUGUCUCUGUACUAACUUAACCUGAUCCAGCUGUGCCAUAACUAUUACUCUGUAAUAUAAUGUGUCCCCUCUUCCUGUCCGUCCCUUUAAUGUGCCCUGACUGGAGGUUUACCUUUGUGUAUGUUGUGUUCCUACCAACAUGUUCCAUUGAAAGUCUCGGUGCACUUGUUUUUUUACUUCAACUUUUUAUGUCUUUUUUUUUGUAUUUAAUUUCUAUGCAAUGGUGAUAUCCAUAUGAUCUGUAUUAUAUAUUGUGCUCUUAUCUGUGGUAUUCCUUUGUGACUUUUCUUUCAUUGUGCUGAUGCCAAAUCCUUAUUUUAGGGUACCAUUUAUACCAAGAUGCUCUCCUUGCCCUCUGCCGACGUUAAUCAAUGGUAAUGUUGUCUAAGCGCAUAGGCCCUUUGUGGCUUUGAAGACACACAGCAGCAACACUGAUAUCCCAACUAACUACCCAUAUCCUUUUCCUUGAGGAUUAGAUCAAUAUGAUUUAAGCCUAACUAACCUUAAUGUUUUUGACAUUAUGUAUGGAUCCUACUGUAUUAUGGUGGUUAUAACUGUUUCCUGUGUCAUGUGGUGGUUAUAACCACUGUUUUCUGUGUCAAGCUUAUAUGUUCUCACCACUGUGCUGCAACUUCAUUGAACGCUUCCGUGGUAAAUGUGAUAUGUAUUUGUUUAUUGUCCAAUUAUUAUAACUUAUUGUUAUUC